CCACAAUCCUCCCUUCUUCCUUCUGAUUUUCUUCCUCGAUUCGUUGACCGACGACAAAAGAAGAUUAGCCACUCGCACAUACCGUAAUUUCCCCAACGCGAAUCUCACUUUAAACCACCAAACGCACCACAUCAUUCCGAGAGCCACUGCCACCUACCACUUGGGUACUCCCUAAAAGAUACUACCUUUUUCUUUCAUACCUUGGGGGAUCCGCACGAGGAAGGAAAAAGGUCUCGUGCUCGGCCACCAUUAUUCUCGACGGCGCCAAUCCCAACCCAGUACCCCCUCGUCCCUCAUCUUUUUCCCAAUAUCAAUCCGACAAUACCCACCUUCCUCUCUUCCCACUCCCGCUUCUUCUUCCUACACACCUGAACCACCAACAUAUCGACCGACUACUAUCCGUAUCUCGCUUUGUUCAUAGCCUUCUGCACCUCUCCUCUCUUCUCCUGAAUAGCCUCGCUAUCCUCGCUACCCCUUGACGUCUUGCAGACCGCCGUAAGCCCCUUUCUGCCAUCAUCCAAAGUGCCAAGGUCGCACAACACCAGCGACUGAAUAAACCGCCGAAUUCCACAGGGGCCUCCUCAUCCAGCUAUCGACCUCUUCGGUAUUGUCCCUGCCCUUUCGACAUACCCAUCCCUUCCUUCGCCCACGUAGUUCGCUCAUCCCUUCGGUCAAAUCAUGACCCAAGGUGCAAGCAACGGCCACCCUAACGGGUCAGCGCUACCCCAUGUCCGAACACUUCCCCUUUUCUACGACAGCGAAGACUCUCAGCAAUCUGCGACUAGUCUAAUCCUGACUGUUCGACCAGACUGGGCCUCCGACGACUCCAACAUCGAAUUCGUUCGCUUCACCGACGGCAUCACCAAUACCCUACUCAAAGCCAUCAACAAGCGAAAGGGCUGGUCCAAGGAGGAUAUAGGCAGAGAGGCCAUCUUGCUGCGCGCGUAUGGAAAUGGAACCGCUGUCCUCAUCGACCGCGAGCGCGAAGCUCAGAACCAUGAACUACUCAUGAAGCACGGCCUUGCCCCUGAAUUGCUCGCCCGAUUCCAGAAUGGCAUGCUCUACCGAUUUAUCAAGGGCAGCGUCACAGCACCGGAGGACUUGAGAAAGCCAAACAUCUAUCGAGCCGUCGCCAGCAGGUUAGCGCAGUGGCACGCCACUGUGCCCUGCAUUACACACCAGACGUCUACCAAUGGCAAUGCCAAGGGCCAUGAUCAGGACCUGAACGCCAUCAUCGAGAACGCGGCACCUGGGAAGCCGGUGCCGAACCUAUGGUCAGUGAUGCAAAAAUGGAUUUUGGCCCUGCCCAGCGAUACACAGGUCCAGAGGGAGAGACAAGACAAGCUUCAGAAGGAGUUUGAAUACAUUGUGGAGGAGUUCAGCCAACGCCCUGGCCUAGGUGUUGAUGGCCUAGUAUUUGCCCAUUGCGAUUUGUUGAGCGGCAACGUGAUCGUGUUACCGAGUACCCAGCCCGCCAAAGGCCCCAAGAAGGAAGCCACAGUGACGUUCAUCGACUACGAAUAUGCCACGCCGUCACCAGCCGCUUUCGAUAUCGCCAAUCACUUGGCCGAGUGGGGUGGAUUCGACUGCGACUACAACUUCAUGCCUACCCAGUCCCAGCGUCGAGAGUUCAUUGAGGAGUACAUUCGCUCAUUCUACAAGUACUCCGAGAACAACACAAAUGUUGAUAUCGAGGCGGAGGUCCGAAAGCUCACACAUGAGGUGGACCUAUUCCGUGGCGUGCCGGGAUUCUACUGGGGCAUCUGGGCUUUGAUCCAAGCCGUCAUCUCGGAGAUCGACUUUGAUUACGCCUCGUAUGCGGAGACGCGCCUCGCCGAGUACUGGGCGUGGAAGGGAGAGAAAGAGGGCAGCAGAGCCGCGGCCGGCAAAGAGAAGCCCCUGCGUGAGAGACGCUGGGAGCAACUGGAGUGAAGUGGAAGCUCUGUUACGAUCGGGUUUGGCUCGGUAGGCUAUGGAGAUCUGAAGGCAGCUAGUUCCAGAGGGACAAAACAGAGAGGGAGAAAAUAAGCUUGCCAUGGAGUUUUUAUCGGCGAGGAACGGUUUCUGGACGUCAACCUCAACAGCACAACAGAAAUGGAUUGAAGCAAGCGAAGCAUAAUAUCAGUACGGGCCGGCGUCAUUCAACAUGAGCUCGACGAAGGCCGGGACAGAGCUCCGGGGCGUUUGGGGAAGGGGUUAGACGGGAGUUUUCCUCAUAAAUAAUUCAUCAAAUACCACGCAAAGAACGAGAGUCAGGAGAGAGAAAAAAAAAAACUCGGCUUUCUUGACCAAUAAAAGAAAUAUCAAUCUCGAAAGGGAAAAUAGGAUUCGGG